AUGGCGGCGCCGAAAGAGUCCGUGCAAUGCUUCGGCAGGAAGAAAACAGCAGUGGCAGUCACCUACUGCAAGCGCGGUCGCGGCCUGAUCAAGAUCAACGGCUGCCCUAUCGAACUAGUUGAGCCUGAAAUCCUCCGAUUCAAGGCCUAUGAACCAAUUCUUCUCUUAGGACGACAACGUUUUGCUGGAGUGGAUAUGAGGAUCCGUGUCAAGGGUGGAGGACACACUUCUCAGAUCUAUGCGAUCAGGCAGAGCAUAGCAAAGGCACUUGUGGCGUUUUACCAGAAGUACGUGGAUGAGCAGAGCAAGAAGGAGAUAAAGGACAUUUUGGUGAGGUAUGAUAGGACUUUGCUUGUUGCUGAUCCUAGAAGGUGUGAGCCUAAGAAGUUUGGUGGACGUGGUGCCAGAGCUAGGUUCCAGAAAUCUUACCGUUGA